UUCCGUUCCGAAACACGAUGUGGCCUGGGAAGCCUCUUUGCCGACUUUGCGAGCGGCCAGCGGCCGACGGCGGCUUUUCGGCGGCCGAAUUGGACAAGGAGAAGUUUGCCGAGUGGUGUUUGAAUUUCUUGGGCGAAACGCUGGCCGACGAAUUGGCGGACAACGACCUCGUCUGCUGCUUUUGCGUUUGGGACGCCAGAUUUCUCCUAGAAAAUACUGCAGAUGAAAUUGGUCACUUGGGACAAUUGUGCUGGUGGCCUAGAGAAGAAUCGAAAAUGACAAAUGCUGGAAAACCUCUUUUUGAUGCUUUCAGAGAUGGUCGCAUAAAGCAGUGCUGGGUGCCUUUGGAGAAACUACCAAAAGCAGUUGAAGAAAAAGAAGAAGACAACCCAGAAAAUGUUGAGUCUGUGAAGUGCAUUUACUGCAAAAAUAGCUACACUGAUUUGGUGACUCACACUAAAAGAGCUCAUCAAGAUAUUGCAAUCAGAUGCGAUUUUACUAGAGUAUGCACAGAAUAUUUUUUUUCUACAAAAGCAAGAGACGUUCAUGUAAAAAAGUUUCACGUUUCAUCAAAAGAUUUUAGCUGUAUUUUCUGUUUAAAUCGUUAUUCUGCUAAAAGAUUUUUGAAUGUACAUGUCAGAAAUAAGCACCCUAAUAAGUAUAACAUUCGAUGCAGAAUUCGUCUAUGUAAAAAAUUUUUUAAUUCUCAGGCAGAUCUGGAAUCCCAUUUCAAGUUGAUGCACAGCGCGCUUGAAAGCAAGAAAAUCUUUGGAUGUCAAAUGUGUAGCUACAGAGCUAUGAGAAAAACGAAUAUUUUAUACCACACAAAAUAUUGGCACAAAAAGACAGAGCAGCCAAAGCAGUGCAGGUUUUGUCUAAAAUAUUUUGAUACUGCUUUAAAGCUGCAAAGUCAUGUUAAUCGCCUUCAUAAUAUAGUGUCUUGCCCAUUCUGUGAAAGGAAGCUGUCAACGAUUGUGUUGAGCAGACAUGCCACUGAAAGGCUUUGCAAAAUUUGUGGAACUUCAUUCAGUUGCAGUGAUUUGCUUCAAAAACAUAAGAGCGGUUGCAAAAAAGAUUUUUAUUGUCAUUUUUGCUCAAAAGUUUAUUUUACAAAGCAUAAAUUGAAGUAUCACAUUAAUUGUUGCCAUUUGUGUCCAAUUGAGAAAAAAAGCCAAUUUCAGAGUCUAGGAUUUGAGUGCAAAAUUUGUUGUAAAUACUUUUCGUCUAAAGGAAAUUUGAAGAACCACACUCGACUGCAUUCCACACUUAAAUUUGAGUGCAAUCAUUGCUGUAGGAAAUUUUCCAGCAAAUAUGUCUUGAUUAAGCAUUUGUCACAAGUUCACAACUUAAUUGAAAAGAAGCACAAGUGUGCGCAUUGUGACAAGAAGUUCUACAAAAGGAGUAACAUGAAAUCGCAUUCCAACAGGCAUUUGAAAUCAAAAGUUCAAUGCUCCAUUUGCAAAUCACUUUUGAAAAACUCUUUUUGUCUUCCGAGACACAUGAUAAAAAUGCAUUGCAUAAGAAUAUAGGGGGAAUGUAAUUUAUAUUAAUUAUUUUACUAUCAUAAUUUUGAUUAAAAAUGAAUAGGUUGUUUUAUUAGCCUGUUAUUAAGCUCGUCUCACAAGCUUUAAUAUUUGUUUGGUACUUUUUGAAAUUGUAAAAAUGCUCUUGAAAAUUCUGCUAAUUGAUGUAUAUUUUUUUUAUAAUUUGACCUGCUAUUUCUGUGCCUUGAGAAGAGAAAGUAAAGAUGGCGAUAGUAAAAUUAAAAAUAUUUACGUAAGAGUUGAUUUUAAAUUUAAAAUAAAAUACAACU